AUGCGGAAAGAAUCAAAUAGUAGUGGACAGAACGAGUUUCUGUUUGUUAAACUAUUAAAAUUAAACAGUCCUGAAUGGUAUUAUAUAGUGAUGGGCAGUUUAGCGGCUUUGGUCAAUGGUGCUAUAGUUCCAUUAGUGUGUGUCACAUUUGGUAAAACAAUAAAUAAUUUAUUUCUUUCGAUAUCUGGUGCUGAGCUAACAAAACGGCUGAGUGUUAAAGCAUUUGCAUCCAUGUUGAAACAAGAUAUGGAAUGGUUUGAUAAACAAGAAAAUCAUAGUGGUGCUAUAUGUCAACGAUUACAAUUUGAUGCAUUAGCUGUACAAAGCAUGGCAGGAUUUCGUAUUGGUUUAUUAAUAGAAACGUCUUCAACAUUUAUUAUUGGUCUUGGAUUUUCAUUUGUAUUCAGCUGGCAGUUAACUUUGAUUAUUAUUGCCUUUUAUUUGCUUGCUUUUGCAGGUGUUUAUCUACAAAUAUACACAGAAUCUACAUUAUGUGAGAAAACAUUCAAAAUAUUGAAGAAAGCAUCAGUAGUAAGUUUCAAUAAAUUUUGUGAAACCAGGACUCCUCUGCCGUUAGGAUUGGGACUGUUAGAAACGACUGUAAACAUAGGUUAUCGACUAUGUUGA